CGUGGAACGUCACGGGAAAACCCCGCGAGUGUGCUUUGGCGAACUGGCACGUGCAGGAGCUCUGGGUGCAUCUUGGCGACUAGGGAAGUGCUGGGAGGCAAUCGUGGGUGCGUGGGGGUGGGCGUGUGUGUGUGCGCGCGGGUGGGCACGGGAGCCCUACGAAAAAAAGCGCAGCAACAAUUAGGAUCAAGAACACUGGGGUCAGCCAUCCGUCCUCUGUGUAUAGAGAGAAUGCUACCGGAUUGACGAAAACCCGACAAAGAACUGUGCAAAUAAAAAAGUCGGUUUUUUUUUUUUUUCCUUUUCGAAAAUAUUACUAGAGAAAAAGCCCCUCAAAAAUUUUGAGGUUGGUUGUGAGUAAAACAAGCCCGUCUGGGCCUCCCAAAGACAAGCAAAGAAGUUCGGGGUAUGCACUACCCAGUCAGCAGCAUCCGUAGCAUCCGUAGCAUCCGCAUCAGCAGCUAAAGAUGUCUCAGCCGACGAAAAAAUGCAUUUGCGAGCUGUGCUCCUGCGGGCGCCAUCGUUGCCCACACAUGCCUACCAAGAUUUACGAACAAUCAGAGAACAAAUGCAUUCUUACAGAGUACGCAGAUAAUUAUCCUAUCUAUCAGUUUUAUCAACCAAGAGAAUCCUUCAAACCCAAGUUAGAAUAUCACAAAGGAUCUUUGCCAAUGGAAGCCCUCUCCACAGCAAGGAGAGAUUAUGGCCCUCAUAGAGUAUUCCCAGUGAGGGUAAAGCCACCUGACCAGUUCGUUCCAAAUGAAGAGAACAUGGAUUUGGUCACAACAUAUAAACAGGAUUUCAGUGCCUAUCCUUUCUGUCGAGUAGAUCCUAUCAAACCACGUGAAAACAAGCAACAAAGUAAAGACAAGAUGGAUUCUCUGCCUACAUAUAAAGUUGAUUAUUUGCCCUGGAAUCAACCAAAACGUGAGCUGAUAAAACCAGAACAAUCCUAUCGCCCAUCAACAUCGAAGUUUGAUUAUAGAACCACUCACCAGGAUGAUUUCCCCAUCAAGGGCUUCGUGAAUACAAUGAGUUGCAAACCCUAUUAUCAGCAGAAAAUAUAUGCCCUACCCCUAGAAGAUUUGACCAACUACAAGAUGAAUUAUGUACCACAUCCUCUAGAGAAACGAAUUCCCAUGGAGUCAGCCAAGUACAAGCCCUCGGACAUCCCCUUUGAUGGUCUCACAACUCAUAAGGAUUCCUUUAGGGGAUUGCUUGGGGAGCCUGCCAAGUCCCUGAAACCCCAUCCCAAGGUUUCCAGUUGUGAAAGCCCUUUUGCCACCACAACUGAAUUUCGGGACAAGUACCAAACGUGGCCAAUACCCCAAAUGUUCUCUCGGGCCCCCAUGGCUUACAACCCUCCAGAUGAGAAGAUGGACUUUAUGACAACUGUGCAGGCUCACUACACUUAUCAUAAAGGGGGCCCUGCUCAAUCCUGCCGUCCAGUGAUACAGUCUAAGAAACCGGGGCGCUUUGAAGGUUCCACCACCAACAGAGAUGACUUCAGGCAGUGGCCUGCUACCAAGCAAGAGCCCAUCAAACCCCUUGCUCAGCUAAACUUGCCUAGAGAGCCUAUGGACUGCCUCACUACUACCAAGACCUACUUUGUGCCUCAUCCACCCAUUUUCACAAGGAGCUGUAAACCUUAUGUUCCUCCUGCCCGGUGUCCGGCCCCUCUGAUAGGUGAAACAACUUACAACAUCAGCUAUACUCCGAAGGAACCAGUGAAGUGCCUUGCUUCAUAUCCUGAGCCACCAGGCUACACUUUUGAUGAAGUGGAUGCAUUUGGCCACAGGAUAUAUCGCCCUGUGGUCCCGUUGGACCCACUUGGUUCAAGGAAGAACAGUUACCUUCCUACAAAUAGAGCAGAUGUUCCCAACCAAAGGGAGCUAGCAGUGACAGCCUGAUUCUUUUUCCUUUUUGAAAAUUUUCUCACAAAAUUGCUAAAAUUCACAGUACUUAUUAUAUAGUCUGUUGAUAUUUAUUCCUUGAAAAACUUUGACCUUCUCGAUCAUUCCCAGGGGUUAAUUCCUGCUGGAAAUUAUGAAUAAAUGAGAAUCCGUUUAUUUUUAGGAAAAUGACAGUUAAUCAUGGAUGAUUAACGAAUUUCCUCUCUUGACUCUCUCCUCCACCAAGCCAACACUUCCCAAAUCCCCAUGCUUCUUUAUAUUUCUUAAAGAUGGACUAGGUUCUCUCAGAAGCUAAUUUCUUACAUUUGAAUCUGUGAUGGUGAUUCAGUUAUUGUAUUAAUAACGAAAUUAGACUUGAAUCCUGAUAAGGUUGAUGAAUAAAACAUAUUUUGGGGAA